GUAUCAACAAAAAAAUCGGGUUGUGAAGUUUUAAUUGUUGGCCGCGAAAUCGUUGUUGUUUUAACAAAAGAAAAAAGCUCAGCAGAAAGGCCUGAGGCUUUCAGGCUUGAGUUUUCCAAUCUUGAGAAUUUCUGGGUUCAAAGAUUUUAA